AUGUGUGGAUUUCCUCGGCGUCCCCCUCCUCGAGGAGCAAGCACAGAACAGGGACUGCCACCCAAACCCCUGGGGCCACUGGAGAGAGUCUACCAAGAGAUUGCCAUCCUGAAGAAACUAGAUCACCUUAACAUUGUCCAUCUGGUGGAGGUUCUUGAUGAUCCUGCUGAAGACAAUCUCCACAUGGCCUUUGAGUUAAUGCCAAAAGGCCCAGUGAUGGAGGUGCCCUCAGACACUCCCUUCACAGAUGAACAAGCCCGCUUCUACUUCAGAGACAUCAUCCUGGGGAUUGAAUACUUGCACUACCAGAAGAUCAUCCACAGAGACAUCAAGCCUUCCAACUUGUUGCUGGGAGACAAUGGGCAUGUGAAGAUUGCAGACUUUGGUGUCAGUAACCAGUUUGAGGGGAGUGAUGCUCUCCUGUCCAGCUCAGCAGGGACUCCAGCCUUCAUGGCCCCAGAGAUGAUAACUGACCAUGUACAGAGCUUUACUGGCAAGGCCUUGGAUGUGUGGGCCAUGGGAGUCACCCUGUACUGCUUUGUCUAUGGGAAGUGUCCUUUCAUCGAUGAAUACAUCAUCGGCCUGCACAAUAAGAUCAGGAACAGGCCUGUGGAGUUCCCAGACACGCCUGAAGUAUGCAAGGAGUUGAAGGAGCUUAUUGUAAGGAUGCUGGAUAAAAAUCCUUAUACAAGGAUCACCAUUCCUGAAAUCAAGGAGCACCCGUGGGUGACGGAGGAUGGCACUGACCUUCUACCCCUGGAGGAGGAACACUGCACCGUGGUGGAGGUCACUGCGGAGGAGGUCCAGAACUCCAUCAAGCUCAUCCCCAGUCUGUCUGCUGUGAUCCUGGUGAAGUCCAUGCUAAGGAAGAGGUCCUUCAGUAACCCCUUUGUGUAUCAGAACAGGAGGGCAGAGAGGUCCAUGUCUGCUCCAGGAGGUCUCCUUGCGGACUCUUGGGGGCGAUUGGAAUCCAAGGUUCAUCCUUCGUUGAGGAAAUCAAGCAGAGAAGGACAGUUGGAUGGAAGCGGAGAAGGAGAGUUGGAGGACCUUAAUGAAGAUGAAGGUGCAUUUGCAUAGGCCUGCUGGUUAACCUGCUCACACACAAUUUUUAUUUUCUGAUUGACCUGUUUAAAUUAAGGGACAGACCUGUUCAAAGAAAACUCUUCGCUGUAUCUUCACAUAAUAUGUAAUAUUAAUGUAAUGUAUUUGAAGAGAGAUCCAAAUGAAAGA